UACCACUUGAUACCUCCAUCUCCUCUUCUUCUCUUAUUACCUUCCACCAGAUCUCUCACUCCCCACAUUUCAAGUUUCUCCUAUUUUUAAAAUCUUUUCUUUGUUUUAUUUUCUCCUCUUCUGGUGUCGUUUAUUUGGAUAUGUUUACAGUUUUAGUGUAGUUGUUGUAGUUACAUGACAGCUCCUUACAAGCUUAGAUCUCCACAGUCCUUUCGUUAUCCUCCUUCCACAUUGACACUUGCCUUCAGAAGAGGGCCAAAGAAAGGUUAGGAAAAAUAUGGGAGGUGACUUGAAAAGCCAGCUAUCUAGAGAGAGCUCUGUCUUUGGACUUAAGGUUUGGGAAGUAAUUGGGAUAGCUGUUGCUUUACUCAUCAUAACCAUCCUCUCGGUUCUUUCGUUUUGUCUCACUUCGAAAAAGAAAUCAAGAAGAUCCAAAACCGGUCUUCCCGUCAUCCAAACUCCUACGGUCUCCAAGGAAAUCAGAGAAGUGAGAGUUGAGCAUGUCUCAGCAAGUAACUUUGCUCCUGGUGAAGGCAUUCUUCUCACAAUUCAGGACAAAAAUAACAAAGACGCAGAGAAAGUAAUGGUUCAUUUGGAUAUGGGGAAGAAGAGAAGUAGUAGUGGCCGUUCAGGCUCGUUUCAUCAUUUAGAGAUCAUAGAUAAACAUUCUGAGUCGGCUGAAGAAGUCUCGGCUUCUUCAUCAUUGUAUAACGUUGCAACUCCAUCUCCAUUGUCUGGUUUGCCUGAGUCUCACCUUGGCUGGGGACACUGGUUUACACUAAGAGAUCUUGAUAUAGCAACUAACAGAUUCUCAAAGGAGAAUGUGAUCGGUGAAGGUGGUUACGGUGUUGUCUAUAGAGGAGUGUUGCUCAAUGGAACUCCUGUUGCAGUUAAAAAGAUUUUUAACCAGUUGGGACAAGCUGAAAAGGAGUUUCGAGUCGAGGUUGAUGCUAUUGGUCAUGUGCGGCACAAGAACUUGGUCCGGCUUCUUGGUUACUGCAUUGAAGGCACACACAGGAUAUUGGUUUAUGAGUACGUGAACAAUGGAAACUUAGAACAAUGGCUUCACGGAGGAAUGAGACAGCAGGGAUACCUAACUUGGGAAGCUAGGAUGAAGGUUCUCAUAGGCACAUCGAAAGCUCUUGCAUAUCUACAUGAAGCAAUAGAGCCAAAGGUAGUGCAUAGAGACAUCAAGUCAAGCAACAUACUGAUCAACGACGAGUUCAAUGCAAAGGUUUCAGAUUUUGGCCUUGCCAAGUUGCUUGGCGCUGGGAAAAGUCAUGUGACAACUCGAGUGAUGGGAACAUUUGGGUACGUUGCUCCUGAAUAUGCAAACACAGGGCUGUUAAAUGAGAAGAGUGAUGUCUACAGCUUCGGUGUUGUUCUCUUAGAAUCAAUCACAGGAAGAGACCCUGUGGAUUAUGGCCGUCCUGCUCAUGAGGUAAACCUAGUGGACUGGUUGAAAAUGAUGGUUGGAACAAGGCGAUCAGAAGAAGUAGUGGAUCCAAACAUAGAGGUUAAGCCGCCUACAAGAUCCUUAAAACGAGCCCUUUUGACGGCUCUAAGAUGCGUUGAUCCAGAUUCGGACAAGCGGCCGAAAAUGAGCCAAGUUGUACGUAUGCUUGAGUGUUAAGCUUCUAACUAGUAAACUCCAUGAACAAAAGCUUAAACUUAGGGAAACUCCAUUAAACCUCCAUUAACAUGUAAAUGCAAACUCAAAAGGUUCAAUAACUCUCAGAUUACAAGAUAGAAAUGAAGAACAAAGUGAAAGAUAAGAUCGGCAACCCUCGCUCACAUCCCUCGGGUUCCUCUCUUCCCAAGCAGCCUCAUGUCGGCUAACCCCUCACAACAUUCAUCAUAUCCUUCUCUUCCUAAUAAGCUUCCCCUCUUUAUUUAUAUAGCUUAAUCAUCUUCUAGGUUCUUCUUAGCCUCCUAAGCAACUUGUCUCAUCUCUCACGUGUGAAGUUUGUUGCACAUGAUCCCAGAUAGAUUUAGCCCUCCUCACACGUGUGAAUUUCUCUUUUACAAUUCAGUCCCUGCAUCUUAUCAUUGAGUCUGAAGAAUAUCCCAUUCCAAGAGAGGACCGAAGGCGUCCUAGAACGCGAGAGGGGAGUAUGGAGAUAAACUGACACUGACAUGAGUACUCCAGUUUCAAGAUCACAGAGCAAGAUCAAUCUGCGUAAGCUUUCAAUGCGCAUCAUGAUUAUGAGCUAUUCUUUGAACUUGUUCUUUUGAAUUUUGUGUUAUUUUUUACUGGUUUUGAAUUGAGAUGAGUAGACCAUAGAGGAUUGUUUGUACAUGGAAACAUGGUUUGUAUUUGGAGCUCCUAUAUCAAAAUAAUAUAUUGGUGUGUACAGUAUUAUUGCAUGAGCU